CGCGACCUGUACACGCGGUCACAACUAUUCUGUGUUCAAUCGAAAGUUAACGCGCGUUUAACAAAAGUUUUUAAAAAAAUCCAAUAAGGAUAACUAUAAAAUAACGUUUUCAGUGAUUCAGUUAUAAAUAUUCGUUUGUGCAUUUCAUAUCAUUAUGGCUAACAACAGAGCUGCAAAAUCCGGUUUCGCCGCUGAGGCACAAAGAAAGAUAAAUAGCAAAUACAGCGAUGAACUUGCACAAGAAUGCUUGGAAUGGGUCAAAACCAUUACUGGAGAGCCCGAAAAUGUUAGCGGCGAUAUGGACAAUUUUUACGAAGUAUUGAAGGACGGCACACUGUUGUGCAAAUUAGUGAACUCUCUACAAGCUGGUUCUGUAAAGAAAGUCAAUGAGAGCAAAAUGGCUUUUAAAUGCAUGGAGAAUAUAAAUGCUUUCUUGGAAGCGGCUAAAGCUAUGGGCGUUCCUGCGCAAGAAACUUUCCAAACGGUUGAUCUGUGGGAAAGACAAAAUCUUAAUUCUGUUGUCAUUUGCCUACAAUCAUUAGGGCGAAAGGCUGGAAAUUAUGGUAAACCAUCAAUUGGACCAAAAGAAGCUGACAAGAAUGUGCGCAACUUCAGCGAGGAGCAAAUGCGUGCUGGUCAAGGUGUUAUUUCACUACAAUAUGGCUCAAACAAAGGUGCUACACAGAGUGGCAUCAACUUUGGAAACACUAGACAUAUGUAGACAUUUACUUAUUUAAAAUUAGUUAGAUAUGUAAGAGACCAAUUAAAUAAUUCCAAAUUAUAUAUGUAUAUAGACAAUAGAAGCAUGGCCUCACUCUUGUGAU